UCCUUCCAAAGUGCCCAAUACCUACUCAAUUGGUGUCUAGGCGCAUCACUUUUGCUGAUCCAUCCAAAUAAAAAGAUGGCCACCAUGCUCAACGCCCAGCGUGUCGCCCUGAAGGGCCGCGCCUUCCAGCCUUGCGCGCCCAUGGUCGCUGUCCGUGGUCGCCGCGCCCUGGCCGUCCGCGCCUCGGGCGACGACGCGUUCGCCAACUACAAGCCCACUAUCGCGGCAUUGUUCCCCGGCCAGGGUGCGCAGAGCGUCGGCAUGGCCAAGGACCUUGUGGCGACCGUGCCGAAGGCCAAGGAGAUGUUCGACAAGGCGUCUGAGAUCCUGGGCUACGACCUGCUGAAGGUGUGCGUGGAGGGCCCCAAGGAGAAGCUGGACAGCACCGCCGUGAGUCAGCCCGCUAUCUACGUGGCCUCGCUGGCCGCCGUGGAGAAGCUGCGCGCGGACGAGGGCCAGGCCGCCAUUGACGCCAUUGACGUGGCGUGCGGCCUGUCGCUGGGCGAGUACACGGCCCUGGCCUUCGCUGGUGCCAUGAGCUUCGAGGACGGCCUGCGGCUGGUGAAGCUGCGCGGCGAGUCCAUGCAGGCGGCUGCUGACGCGCAGCCCAGCAGCAUGGUGUCCGUCAUUGGGCUGGACAGCGCCAAGGUGGCGGAGCUGUGCAAGGCCGCCACGGAGCAGGUGGGUCAGGACAAGCCGGUCCAGAUCGCCAACUACCUGUGCCCCGGCAACUACGCCGUGUCGGGCUCCAAGGAGGGCUGCGACGCUGUGGAGAAGCUGGGCAAGAGCUUCGGCGCGCGCAUGACUGUGCGCCUGGCUGUGGCCGGCGCCUUCCACACCUCCUACAUGUCCCCCGCCGUGGACAAGCUCAAGGCCGCCCUGGCGCAGACCAACAUCGUCAAGCCGCGCAUCCCUGUGGUCUCCAACGUGGACGCCCAGCCGCACUCCGACCCCGCCGUCAUCAAGGACAUCCUGUCGCGCCAGGUGACCUCCCCCGUGCUGUGGGAGAACACCAUUAAGUCGCUGCAGGAGAAGGGCCUGACCAAGUCCUACGAGGUCGGCCCCGGCAAGGUCAUCGCUGGCAUCGUUAAGCGCAUGGACAAGGGCGCGAACAUCGUCAACAUCACCGCUUAAAGCAUAAAGCGUAAAGCUCAAUUGGUUGGCUUUGUGCAUGACUAAAGGCUUGGCUUUGCCUAUAAUGGCUUUGUUAGGCAUGGCAGAUGUACCGGAAGGACCUCGGAGUUUGUUGGGGAGUUUUGCCCCAAGCCUUUUGACGGUGAAGGCUCUGGACUGACUGAAAAUGAAACCCAAAAGAAAGGUUGACGGUGGCGUGGUGAAGGUGGUGGUGGGGGUCCAUUCUUGGCUGAGGCUGUGUGGAUGGGGCAUGGGGCACGGGCAUGGGGCAGUCCCCAGCACACGGAUUUGUGUCGAGGCCUGGCGAUGCCAGCUGUUGGUGCUGCUGUGGGCUGCGGAGCAUUGGAGUUGCGGUUAGCUGCGCACUUAAAAAUGACCAGAUUGCGGCUGGCAUACGCAGGUAGCGUGUCUUGAUUGGCUGGUCUUGGGCGGAUGCCGGACGGUGUGCGAGGCAUGGAGCAGAGUAUGGGACACGGAGCCGUGGCUUGGACAUUUUGCCCUGUAAGUGCACUGGCAAUAUAAAGAUUACAAACUGUGGGCCAAAUGGUGCGGAUGUCUGCAGAUGUGAUGGCGGGGCUGCGAUGAUGGGAGUUCGGGUUGGCCAAACAGGGGCCAAAGGCCCCAAGCAGGGCCAAAAUGUCAACCUCCGGAGAAACGGAUUUAGUGAUGUUUUGGGGCUCCACCAAACAACGAGAACAGAAAACGGGCAUGGAGUAGAAGUCAAUGGGGGGCUGCGCGCGUUCGGUGAAUUGGUGGUACAUGGGGACGUUCCGCUUUGAUGGGUGGGAGGGGACGGAUGGGUGGGAAGUCCGCGUCCCGUCUACGCAGGCGUGCGUGCCGACACUUGCCCACGCACUUGCCCGUCGGGGCCCUUCCCCUUAUGUUUGCAGAUUCGCAGACCUCAUGCCAAUGACGCAUAUGAAGCCAACAAUGAGAGGCCGACCACGCCGCCAUCCAGCCAGCCGCAUCUGGAGGUUGCUGAGAAUGUUUGUGUUCAAAUCAUGUUUGACGGCGCCACGCUGGCUGGCGUGAAUCAGCACCGUAUGUAUCAAUUGU